CACUGCUACCACCAACUGGCCCAUUCGAUCUCCACGUGUCCGUUCGAUUUCAAAGGAGCAAUGCCGCGAGUAUAGCAUGCCCGCAGGGACAGUUGCUUCCAUCUAGAUCCGCAUUCACUGAGCCUGCUGAUGGCGGGAGAGGACUUGACGGCUGCCCCGGAGAUGCAGCCGCCGCGACGCGAUGGGGAUGAGGUUGAGGAUGAUGGGAUUGCGGACACGACACCUUCGCAGAACAACAUGGAGAAGGAGGACGAGGACGCUGAGCCGGCAUACGAGCAAGUCGACCUAAACGACGAUGCUGUCGAGCAUGGGGGGACCACGUCGCCAGAUGCUGAGGAUAAGGAUAAGCCACAGGAGCCUGAGCCGCAAGCUGUCGACAAUACCGAACUCCAGCAGCCGGGCUCUUCAACACCCCAUCACGAGCCCAACGUUCCCUCCGCGUCCGAACAUGUGGCCUCGCCGCCGCCUGCGACUCCGUCGGCUCCUGAUACACCCACAUCACGCUCCGUCUCCGGCGCGACUCGACCACGAACCGACUCGCAGUCCACGACAGCGACCACUGCUACGAAGAGCUCUGUCCGGUCCACGCGGACCAGCAUGGUAUUUGUGGUGUCCGCGCUGGAAAGCAUUGCAGCUUCCAAAGAUGCUCGUAAGCGGAAAGAGCUGGGAGACUCCGCCCAGCGAGCUCUGUCGGCCAUCAGGACUGCGCACGGUGAUGCUUCGCAGAUCGACCCCGAGGUCAUGUUCGAGCCCUUGAGCCUGGCUUCGGAGUCGUCCACUGAAGCUGUCGUGGUGUCUGCGCUGGACUGCAUUGGCAAGCUGAUCAGCUACUCGUACUUUUCCAUUGCUGCCCCUUCGGACGAUGUACCUGUGGAUCGGAGGAGGCCACCUCUCAUCGACCGGGCAAUAGACACCAUAUGCGACUGCUUUCAGGGGGAAUCAACGCCCGUCAAUGUGCAGAUGCAGAUCAUCAAAAGCUUGUUGUCGGCCAUUCUGGAUGAGAAGAUUGUGGUGCAUGGUGCAGGCUUGCUUAAGAGUGUCCGGCAGACGUAUAACAUCUUCUUGUUGAGCAAGAACAGUGCGAACCAACACAUUGCGCAGGGGACCCUGAUGCAGAUGGUCGGCACGGUAUUUGAGCGCGUCAAGCUACGGAUUGCGAACAAAGCAGCACGAGCUCCUAACGGCCCUGGCCUGGGCAGCUUAGGCAGUCCUAGUGUGUAUGCUCACUCGGAUGUGUCAUCGGCCACUGCAGGCGACGAGACUCCUUCGGUUGCGGAUGUGCAAACGCCUGAUGAAGAGAAGGCGCAGCCGAAGAUGACACUCCAGACCUUCGAGACUCGAAAGUCUUUUGAUGAUGCUCGAAUUACAGACAGUGCCCCUACAAUGGUGACCAAGGCCAAGAGGCCUCGCGAUCGGCCGUCGAGGACUGGCCCCGGUCCGGAUAUUCCGUCAAUCACUGUACGGGACGACAAGCAAGAGGCUGUAGCUGAGGACGAAGAAGAGGACGAGAUCUAUAUCAAGGACGCAUUCCUGAUAUUUCGGGCUAUGUGCAAGCUGUCAACCAAGGCACUGCGCGUCGAAGAUGCUGUGGACGUCAAAUCUCAGGGCAUGCGAUCGAAGCUGUUGAGCUUGCACAUCAUCCAUACUGUGCUUUUCAAUCACUUUGUGGUUUUUACUUCUCCGCAUGCUACCAUCCGAAGCUCAUCGAAUACCGAUCCCACCGCGUUCACUCAGGCGGUGAAACAAUAUCUGUGUCUGAGUCUGAGCAGAAAUGGCGCAAGCAGUAUUAAUAAAGUCUUUGAAGUCUCGGCGGAGAUUUUCUCGUUGAUGAUGAAACAUUUACGAUCCCAACUCAAGCGGGAAUUGGAAGUCUUCCUCAAAGAGAUCUACAUUACGAUACUGGACAAACGCAAUGCUCCGCAUUGGCAAAAGAGCUAUAUCGUACAGCACAUCUUUGGGCGGAUCGGGUCAGAUCCGCGCACGUUGGUCGAAAUCUAUUUGAAUUACGACUGCGAUCGGCAGGCUCUUGACAAUAUGUAUCAGCGCAUGAUUGAGCAUGUGAGUAAAAUGGCCAGUCAGCCGGUGACGAUCAACGGUCUACAGGAACAGGCGUAUGCAGACGCCGCCUCGAAGCAGAACAGUGCAUCCAACGACUGGCGAGAACGAGGAACAAUGCCGCCCAGCCUCACAACGGCCAGCAUGAGCUCGUCGCACGAUACCGACCAGGCGUAUCCUCCCGAGUAUGCGAUGAAGAUGCAAAGUCUCGAGUGUUUGCUUGACACGCUCAGGAGUAUGGUCAACUGGAGUCAGGAAGCUCGAGCCGAAGCGUCCAGCAGCACAUUGGCAGACACGGACUCACGCCUCUCUCUGGAAGGUCAGCGAGAAAGCAUGGACACACGGCUUGCUGGCGAGUCAGCAGAUGUACACCCUGCCACUCCUCGCUUGGCAGACACUCCACUACCAGAAGAUGACCCCGAGGAGCUGGAAAAGGUCAAGCAGAAGAAGACAGCGUUGAAUAACGCUGUCCGUGCGUUCAACUUCAAGCCGAAGAAAGGCAUCAAGUCGCUGAUAAAGGAAGGCUUCAUUGCUUCUUCAGACCCCAGAGACAUUGCCGCGUUCUUCUCUGGUAACGAGCGAAUCGACAAAAAGUCGCUUGGAGAGUUUCUUGGCGAGGGUGAUGAAGACAACAUCAAGAUCAUGCACGCCUUCGUGGACAACAUGGACUUCUCGAGGACGAGGUUCGUGGAUGCCUUGCGACGAUUCUUGCAAUCUUUUCGGCUGCCAGGUGAGGCGCAGAAGAUUGAUCGUUUGAUGCUCAAAUUCGCCGAACGCUAUCUGACUGGGAACCCUGCCGCGUUCGCCAAUGCUGACACAGCUUACGUGCUUGCUUACAGCGUCAUCAUGUUGAAUACUGACCAGCACUCUGCGCAAGUGAAGAAGCGCAUGACGGUGGAAGACUUUAUUAAAAACAAUCGCGGCAUCAAUGAUUCUGCAGAUCUGCCCGAUGAGUAUCUGCAGGGCAUCUUCGACGAGAUUGCCCAGAAUGAGAUUGUAUUGGACACAGAGCGCGCAAACGCUGCGAACUUGGGCAUACUUCCGCAACAGCCCAGCGGGCUCGUCAAUACCCUUGCCAAUGUUGGACGCGACCUCCAGAGAGAGGCAUAUGCGCAAGCAAGUGAGGAGAUGAGUAAUCGCACAGAAUUGCUGUUCAAACACCUACUCAAGGCACAAAAACGUGCGGGAGGUGGAGCAGCCGCUGCUGCGAAGGGCAGGUAUCUUGUUGCGAGCUCAUAUCGACAUAUUGGACCUAUGUUCGAAGUGACGUGGAUGAGCUUCCUCACUGCGUUGUCUGGUGCUGCCCAAGAAAGCCAAAAUGUCGACACGAUUCGUUUGUGUAUGGAGGGCCAAAAGCUUGCAAUACGUAUUGCGUGCCUGUUCGAUCUGGAGGACCCGCGGCAAGCCUUUGUUUCCAGCUUAUCGCGGAGCACCAACCUGUAUAAUCUGUCCGAGAUGAAGGCAAAGAACGUGGAAGCACUGCGGGCACUCAUCGAGAUUGCAUAUACAGAAGGCAAUUAUCUCAAGGAGAGUUGGAGAGACGUGUUGACGUCGGUGUCUCAGCUCGAUCGGUUCCAGCUCAUCUCGAGUGGCGUGGAGGAAGGUGCUGUUCCUGACGUCCUCAGGGCAAAUGGCGGAUCCGAUGGGUCACAGGCAAAUGGUCAGGGCAGGAGGAGCACUCAGAUCCAAAGACGGCCAUCCGGGCGCAAUGGAAACCAUGGCGCGUAUCAGGCAGACAUUGCAGAAGAUGCCAGGAGCGCUGAUAUGAUCCGCGGAGUGGAUCGCAUCUUCACAAAUACCGCCAACCUCUCCGGGACAGCCAUCGUCGACUUUGUCAAGGCUCUCACGCAAGUCAGCUGGCAAGAGAUUCAGUCAUCUGGGAAGUCAGAUACGCCACGAACGUAUUCUCUACAAAAACUGGUGGAAAUCUCGGGCUACAAUAUGCUUCGAGUCAAGUUUGAGUGGACUAGUAUCUGGAAAAUUCUGGGUCAACACUUUAUUGAUGUAGGUUGUCACAACAAUACGCAUGUCGUCUUCUUUGCGCUCAACAGCUUGAGACAGCUGAGUAUGCGCUUCAUGGAGAUUGAGGAGCUGCCCGGCUUCCAGUUUCAAAAAGACUUUCUCAAGCCUUUUGAGCUGAUUCUCAGCAAUGCACAGCAAUCACAAGUCAAAGAUAUGGUCCUGCGGUGUCUGAUACAGAUGAUACAAGCAAGAGGCGACAUGAUCCGGUCGGGAUGGAGAACCAUGUUUGGCGUGUUCACUGUGGCUGCCAGAGAGCCGUACGAGAGCAUCGUCAACCUGGCCUUUGACAACGUCACACAAGUGUACAACGAGCGUUUCGGCGUGGUGCUCUCCCAAUCGGCUUUUGCUGACAUGAUUGUGUGUUUGACCGAGUUCAGCAAGAAUAGCAAGUUUCAGAAGAAGAGCUUACAGGCCAUCGAGACUCUCCGCUCGACUGUGCCAAAGAUGCUGAGAACACCAGAGUGCCCACUCAGCCAGAAGGCUCCGGGACUGAAGGAUGCACCACAGGCAGCAAAUAUCCCCAAACAACCGGUUCGACGAACGCAAGAAGAGCAGUACUGGUUCCCAGUACUGUUCGCUUUCCACGAUGUGCUCAUGACUGGAGAAGAUCUCGAAGUACGGUCACGAGCGUUAAACUAUCUCUUCGAUACGCUUACCAACUAUGGUGGCGAGUUUCCUCGAGACUUCUGGGAUGUACUUUGGCGACAACUACUCAUGCCGAUAUUCAUGGUGCUCAGAGAUCGCAAGUCCGUGAAUGUGGAGGCUGCGAAUUCGGAAGAGUUGUCAGUCUGGUUAUCGACUACACUGAUUCAAGCACUGCGAAACAUGAUUAGCUUGUUCACACACUUCUUUGAGAGCCUCGAGUAUAUGCUUGAUCGCUUUUUGGAGUUGCUCACGUUAUGCAUAUGUCAAGAGAACGACACGCUAGCGCGCAUUGGAAGUAACUGCUUGCAGCAGCUGAUUUUGCAGAACGUGAAGAAGUUCAGUCCUGGGCACUGGGAGAAGAUUGUGGCUGCAUUUGUUGAUCUUUUCGCAAAGACGGAAGCCAAAGAGCUCUUCUCGGCUGCGACUUCAUCGACCUACAAUCGAGAUCGAGACACAUCCAACGGUGCACACGAUGUGCCCAAGCCCACGCCUCGCGAUCUCGCCAUGGACGACGCAGCAUCUGUCAUGACUGCAAAUACCAACGCGUUUGGCGUCAACGGCUUCGAUGACGAACGAGCCAAUGGCACCGAACGCGUCCCAGCCACGCCUGUUCCACUCUCCUCGGACCACGAUGGUGAGCGCUCACCGUCACCAGCCAGACGAAAGGUUUCCCUUGAAGACUUCAGCAAUACGACUCCGACACGGCAAGCACCUGUCGUUGUGACAGCGGCCCGCCGACGGUACUUUAACCAAAUCAUCACCAAGUGCGUGCUCCAGCUCCUGAUGAUCGAGACGGUCUCGGAGCUCUUUAACAACGACGCGGUGUACGCAUCGAUACCGUCUCACCUCCUGCUCGGAUUAAUGGCUCUGCUCAAGAAGUCGUAUCACUUUGCCAAACGAUUCAACGAGGAUCGCAAACUACGAGCGAACCUCUUCCGGGAGGGGUUCAUGAAGCAACCGCCGAAUUUGCUGAAGCAAGAAUCCGGUUCGGCGUCGGUGUAUGUUUCGAUAUUGUUGCGAAUGUACGCGGACACGUCAUCGGAACGAGCGGCGAGUCGACCGGAGACGGAACAUGCAUUGAUCCCGUUGUGCAAGGACAUUAUCGCGUCCUACAUUGGACUUGACGACGAAACGCAACAACGCAACAUUGUGACGUGGAGGCCGGUGGUGAUUGAUGUGUUGGAAGGCGUGGUGGCAUUCCCGGAUGCGGAAUUCAACAAGCAUGUGGAGGAAUUUGCGCCGUUGGCGGUCGGACUGAUGGCACGUGACAUGGGAGGCGAAUUACAGCGAGUGGUCAUGGGAGUGUGGCAGCGGGUGUGCGAGACGAAACUGGGCAUUGAAAUGCCCGAGCAUAUUUUGCAUGCAAAGGAAGGGGGACCAUCGAGUCCGGGCGGGAGUGUGACGAGAGAACGUCCGGGAGUGUUUGGCACGCGGAGAGGGAGUCGAGCGUAUAGUCUGACCAGUGGGCGAUGAAAACAUCAUGUUUUUUUUUGUUGUUCAUGAAAUCUGAUCAUGAAUUGAAUGAGAAGAGAUAGAAGAUAUGAUGUGAGCGAGAGCGAGAGUGAGAGUUUUGCCAUGCAGCAACAAUUAGCGACAACAACAAACCACCAUGACAGC